AUGGCAAGUUUCCUCGACGCCGAAGCCGCGCAAAAGUACAAGAAUGCCGAGAAAGCUACUCGCCCUUAUGUCAAAACCAUCGUCGAACAGUCCGGGAUAGCUGCACAUCUCGAAUCGGGGGCUGAAGCCAACAUUCUCGAUUUCGCAUGUGGAACGGGAGUUGUUGCGCAGGAGAUCUACGACACGGUACCGAAGGAGAGGUGGGGACAGCUGAAAGUGCUAGGCGCUGACAUCAGUCCGCCGAUGUUGGAAUAUUUGAGGGCGCGAGGAGAGACGCAGGGAUGGAAGGGAUUGGAUACGAAGGUCGUGGAUGGGAAUACAGACAUAACACAAGCUCUCCCCAAGGCAUCAUACACACACAUAUUCGUCUCCUUCGCUAUUUUCAUGCUCCCGGCACAGACACUCACGCAUCUCUGUUCACUGCUGCGACCAGGCGGAUACAUAGCAGUAGCGACGUGGUCGAGCAUAUCGUGGGAUAAGCUCCUUACUCGUAGCAUCGCUCUCAUGGACGCGCCACAGCCCUACUCGCCAUCGCGCGAGGAACUGCGAGAGACGUUCUGUGGACUUUGGGCUGAGGAGUCAUACUUGGCACAGCAGUUUGAAGCGGCAAGCUUAGAGAAAGUAGAAACAUGCGGUCAGAAGGAAGCUGUACACGUUGGAAAGCCAGAUGUUUUCAUGGGGAGUAUGCAGUUUCCGCUGCAUUAUGUAAGGAAUACAUGGUGGCAGAGUGAGCGAGAGGGUCUCGUGGAGGAGCUAAAUGGUGCUAUGAAAGGUCUCGUACAGCGGGAGGUUGGGGAGGAUGGCGAAGUGGAACUGGUGUUUGAUGGUGUUGUUGGGUGGGGGUGGAAGAGUGGUUAA